UGGGUGCUGAAGUUGGGCGGAUGGCAGCCCAGCAGCUCCGCUAGGGACCAGCGGCGCGAGCCUUUUUCGCCGGGAUCGCUCAGGGCGGAGCGCGCGCAGCCAGGCGGGGGCGGCCACUGGGGUGCUGAAGUAGCUGAAAUGAGAAAAAGGCAACAGCCACAAAAUGAAGAAACAUCUGCUGUGUCUCAAGCACCUGGAAACCAAAGGCCCAACAACACAUGUUGCUUCUGUUGGUGUUGUUGUUGCAGCUGCUCAUGCCUCACUGUUAGGAAUGAAGAUAGAGGGGACAGUACAGGAAGGCCGACACACACAACUAAAAUGGAGAAUAUUCAAGUCAUAGAAGAGUGCCAAAACCCUACAGAAGAUGAAAUCCUGUCUUGGGCUCAAAAUUUUGACAAGAUGAUGAAAACACCAGCCGGUAGGAAUAUUUUCAGAGAAUUUCUCCGAACAGAAUAUAGCGAAGAAAACUUGCUGUUCUGGCUAGCAUGUGAAGACCUGAAGAAGGAACAGAACAAAGAAACUGUCGAAGAAAAAGCAAGGCUUAUAUACGAAGACUACAUUUCUAUACUUUCACCCAAAGAGGUUAGUCUAGACUCACGGGUGCGAGAAGUGAUCAACAGAAAUUUGUUGGAUCCAAAUCCGCAUAUGUACGAAGACGCUCAACUUCAGAUCUAUACGUUAAUGCACAGAGACUCUUUCCCAAGGUUUUUGAACUCUCAGAUUUAUAAGUCUCUUGUCGAAAGUACUGUGGGCUCUACUUCUGAAACUUAGGUCUAUUUGAGGGGGGCUGAAAUCUUGAUUUAGC